AUGAACGGUUUGCAUGAUCGAUUGUUGGAGAAGAUGGGCGAACAAACGGCAUACUGGGGGGCAGUUGGUGCAGUCUAUGCAGGAGUGGAGUGCGAGGUAUCGAGAAUCCGUGGCACCAGAGACUGGAAAACUGCUAUGAUAGGGGGCGCUUUGACCGGCCUCACGAUAUCUGCGGCCGGCAACAAUAGCAGAGACAGGGUUGUGUUGGAUGCCAUCACAGGAGGUGCCAUCGCAGCUGCUGCAGAGUUCCUUAAUAAUAUGACAUGAAUAAUGGAACAACCUUGUUCCCUAUGCUUUCUUGCUUUUUAGGUAGAGUAUGCUGCUUCUGCUCAUCGCAGCAAAACGACU